AUGAAAUAUUAUAUUCUAAGAAAUAUUUUCUUAGGAGCCCUGAUUGUUAAUGUCAUCGGCGGACUAGAUCUUGGUAGUUUUAAAAUAAGUGGUCUUUCAUUAUUUACAAGUAAUAAUGAAAAAACAAUUGAAAAAAGAGAAGUAGAACAAAAUAAUCUUCAAAGUGAAUCUAAUGAUUUUGGAGAUAAUAAAGAAAAUUACCAAAAAAUUAUAUCUAAAAGAGAAUUAACAAAAAGGCCUUCUACAACAAACAAUGAAGAACAAACAACCCAAGGGAAUACAAUAAAUAAGGAUAGUAGUAGUACUAAUAUUCCAAAUAACAAGAGUACAUCAACAAGUACUCGAAAAAAAUCUAUUACCACUCCACGUAUUCCAGAAGGUUGUAUUGUAGAUCCAACAGAAAAUACAAUAUAUGAUACAAGUACAACAGAAAUGACAACAGAAAUAACACCAAUAACAGAUUUUGUAACAAAUCCGACAUAUUUUGAACCAACAACAUAUGACGAAACAUAUCAAACAGAUGAAAGUACGAUGAUGGCAACAACAAAUAAAAUCUACACUGACAGUUCAGAUUAUACAGAUGAAGAUUUUACUACAAUUUCAGAAUAUGCAACAUUAACAACAGAAACAACUAAUAAUGAAGAAACAAAUAGUAAGAGUGAUACUGAAUGUGAUUAUAGUGAAAAAACAGAAACUCCUAAAAUAUAUACUGAUUAUACAGAAACUACAAAUGUUGAUAUAAAUGAAACAAAUGAAAUAACAAAUACAACAGAAACAGAAUGUGAAUAUAGUGAUAAAACGGCAACUCCAGGUUAUUAUACAGAUUACACUGAAAAUACAAAAAUUACAAACAAAACAGAAACAGAAUGUGAUUAUAGUGAAAAAACAGAAACUCCAAAAAUAUAUACUGAUUAUACAGAAACUACAAACGUUGAUAUAAGUGAAACAAAUGAAGUAACAAAUACAACAGAAACAGAAUGUGAAUAUAGUGAUAAAACAGCAACUCCAGGUUAUUAUACAGAUUAUACAACAGGAACAGAAUCAAAUCAAACAAAAGAAAGUGAAUCAACAUUUAAUGAAUUUACAUAUUCUGAAGAAACAGAAACGCCAGCAACUUAUCCAGAAUAUACAGGAAGUACAACAUCUAGGAGCACAAAAGAAACAAAAUCAACUGAAUCCAUGGAAACAGAAGAAACCAGGGAAACAGAAGUCAAGAGUACACAUGAGAUUGAAACAGAUAAAACAUUCAGUACUGAAGAAAGUGAAUUUACAUAUUCUGAACAAACAGAAACUCCUGUUACAUAUCCAGAAUAUACAGGUAGCACAGAAUCUAGAGAAACAGAAGUAUCUGCCUCUAAAGAAACUGAAGUCACUGAAACUGCUGGUACCGAAGAAACAGAAAUGUCUGAAUCUAAAGAGACAGAAUUUACAGAAACUUCUGGCACAGAAAAAACAGAAAUUACUGAAUCUCAAGAAACUGAAGUUACUGAAACUUCCGGCACAGAAGAAACAGAAAUUACUGAAUCUAAAGAAACUGAAGUUACUGAAACUUCUGGUACAGAAGAAACAGAAAUGUCUGAAUCUAAAGAAACUGAAGUUACUGAAACUUCUGGAACAGAAGAAACAGAAAUGUCUGAAUCCAAAGAAACAGAAUUUACUGAAACUUCUGGUACAGAAGAAACAGAAAUGUCUGAAUCUAAAGAAACAGAAUUUACUGAAUCUUCUGGUACAAAAGAAAGCGAAUUUACAUAUUCUGAACAAACAGAAACUCCUGUUACAUAUCCAGAAUAUUCAGGUAGUACAGAAUCUAGAGAAACAGAAGUAUCUGCUUCUAAAGAAACUGAAAUUACUGAAACUUCUGGUACCGAAGAAACAGAAAUGUCUGAAUCCAAAGAAACAGAAUUUACUGAAACUUCUGGCACAGAAGAAACAGAAAUUACUGAAUCUAAAGAAACUGAAGUUACUAAAACUUCUGGUACCGAAGAAACAGAAAUUACUGAAUCUAAAGAAACUGAAUUCACUGAAUCUUCAGGUACAAAGGAAAGCGAAUUUACAUAUUCUGAACAAACAGAAACUCCUGUUACAUAUCCAGAAUAUUCAGGUAGCACCGAAUCUAGAGAAACAGAAGUAUCUGCAUCUAAAGAAACUGAAGUCACUGAAACUUCUGAAACAGAAGAAACAGAAAUGUCUGAAUCUAAAGAAACUGAAGUUACUGAAUCUAAAGAAACUGAAAUUACUGAAACUUCUGGUACAGAAGAAACAGAAAUGUCUGAAUCCAAAGAAACAGAAUUUACAGAAACUUCUGGCACAGAAGAAACAGAAAUUACUGAAUCUAAAGAAACUGAAGUUACUGAAACUUCUGGUACAGAAGAAACAGAAAUGUCUGAAUCUAAAGAAACUGAAGUUACUGAAACUUCUGGAACAGAAGAAACAGAAAUUACUGAAUCUAAAGAAACUGAAGUUACUGAAACUUCUGGAACAGAAGAAACAGAAAUGUCUGAAUCUAAAGAAACUGAAAUUACUGAAACUUCUGCUACCGAAGAAACAGAAAUGUCUGAAUCCAAAGAAACUGAAAUUACUGAAACUUCUGGUACAGAAGAAACAGAAAUGUCUGAAUCUAAAGAAACAGAAGUAUCUGCUUCUAAAGAAACUGAAGUUACAGAAACUUCUGGCACAGAAGAAAAUGAAACGAAACCUUCAGGAGAAACUGAAUCCACUGUUACAGAAGAAUCACUAUUUACAGAAACAUUAUAUACUAAAGAAACAGAAUUCACUGAAACUUCAGCUACAAAAGAAACAGAAGUAUCUGCUUCUAAAGAAACUGAAAUUACAGAAACUUCUGGUACAGAAGAAACAGAAAUGUCUGAAUCUAAAGAAACAGAAUUUACUGAAACAUUCGGAACAGAAGAAACUGAAAUUACUGAAUCUAAAGAAACUGAAGUUACUGAAACCUCUGGUACAGAAGAAACAGAAAUGUCUGAAUCUAAAGAAACAGAAUUUACUGAAACUUCUGGUACAGAAGAAACAGAAAUGUCUGAAUCUAAAGAAACAGAAGUAUCUGCUUCUAAAGAAACUGAAGUUACAGAAACUUCUGGCACAGAAGAAAAUGAAACGAAACCUUCAGGAGAAACUGAAUCCACUGUUACAGAAGAAUCACUAUUUACAGAAACAUUAUAUACUAAAGAAACAGAAUUCACUGAAACUUCAGCUACAAAAGAAACAGAAGUAUCUGCUUCUAAAGAAACUGAAAUUACAGAAACUUCUGGUACAGAAGAAACAGAAAUGUCUGAAUCUAAAGAAACAGAAUUUACUGAAACAUUCGGUACAGAAGAAACUGAACUUACUGAAUCUAAAGAAACUGAAGUUACUGAAACCUCUGGUACAGAAGAAACUGAAUUCACUGAAUCUUCAGGUACAAAGGAAAGCGAAUUUACAUAUUCUGAACAAACAGAAACUCCUGUUACAUAUCCAGAAUAUUCAGGUAGCACCGAAUCUAGAGAAACAGAAGUAUCUGCCUCUAAAGAAACUGAAGUUACUGAAACUUCUGGUACAGAAGAAACAGAAAUGUCUGAAUCUAAAGAAACAGAAUUUACUGAAACAUUCGGUACAGAAGAAACUGAACUUACUGAAUCAAAAGAAACAGAAGUAUCUGUUUCUAAAGAAACUGAAGUUACAGAAACUUCUGGUACAGAAGAAACAGAAAUGUCUGAAUCUAAAGAAACUGAAGUUACUGAAACAUUCGGUACAGAAGAAACAGAAAUGUCUGAAUCUAAAGAAACUGAAUUCACUGAAUCUUCAGGUACAAAGGAAAGCGAAUUUACAUAUUCUGAACAAACAGAAACUCCUGUUACAUAUCCAGAAUAUUCAGGUAGCACCGAAUCUAGAGAAACAGAAGUAUCUGCCUCUAAAGAAACUGAAGUUACUGAAACUUCUGGUACAGAAGAAACAGAAAUGUCUGAAUCUAAAGAAACAGAAUUUACUGAAACAUUCGGUACAGAAGAAACAGAAAUUACUGAAUCAAAAGAAACAGAAGUAUCUGCUUCUAAAGAAACUGAAGUUACAGAAACUUCUGGUACAGAAGAAACAGAAAUGUCUGAAUCUAAAGAAACUGAAUUCACUGAAUCUUCUGGCACAAAAGAAAGCGAAUUUACAUAUUCUGAACAAACAGAAACUCCUGUUACAUAUCCAGAAUAUUCAGGUAGCACCGAAUCUAGAGAAACAGAAGUAUCUGCCUCUAAAGAAACUGAAGUUACUGAAACUGCUGGUACAGAAGAAACAGAAAUGUCUGAAUCUAAAGAGACAGAAUUUACUGAAACAUUCGGUACAGAAGAAACAGAAAUGUCUGAAUCUAAAGAAACAGAAUUUACUGAAACAUUCGGUACAGAAGAAACUGAACUUACUGAAUCAAAAGAAACAGAAGUAUCUGCUUCUAAAGAAACUGAAGUUACUGAAACAUUCGGUACAGAAGAAACAGAAAUGUCUGAAUCUAAAGAAACUGAAGUUACUGAAUCUUCUGGCACAAAAGAAAGCGAAUUUACAUAUUCUGAACAAACAGAAACUCCUGUUACAUAUCCAGAAUAUUCAGGUAGCACCGAAUCUAGAGAAACAGAAGUAUCUGCCUCUAAAGAAACUGAAGUUACUGAAACUUCUGGUACAGAAGAAACAGAAAUGUCUGAAUCUAAAGAAACAGAAUUUACUGAAACAUUCGGAACAGAAGAAACUGAAAUUACUGAAUCUAAAGAAACUGAAGUUACUGAAACUUCUGGUACAGAAGAAACAGAAAUGUCUGAAUCUAAAGAAACAGAAUUUACUGAAACAUUCGGUACAGAAGAAACUGAACUUACUGAAUCAAAAGAAACAGAAGUAUCUGUUUCUAAAGAAACUGAAGUUACAGAAACUUCUGGCACAGAAGAAACAGAAAUGUCUGAAUCUAAAGAAACUGAAGUUACUGAAACAUUCGGUACAGAAGAAACAGAAAUUACUGAAUCUAAAGAAACUGAAGUUACUGAAACUUCUGGUACAGAAGAAACAGAAAUGUCUGAAUCCAAAGAAACUGAAGUUACAGAAACUUCUGGCACAGAAGAAACUGAAUUCACUGAAUCUUCUGGCACAAAAGAAAGCGAAUUUACAUAUUCUGAACAAACAGAAACUCCUGUUACAUAUCCAGAAUAUUCAGGUAGCACCGAAUCUAGAGAAACAGAAGUAUCUGCCUCUAAAGAAACUGAAGUUACUGAAACUUCUGGUACAGAAGAAACAGAAAUGUCUGAAUCUAAAGAAACAGAAUUUACUGAAACAUUCGGUACAGAAGAAACUGAACUUACUGAAUCAAAAGAAACAGAAGUAUCUGUUUCUAAAGAAACUGAAGUUACAGAAACUUCUGGCACAGAAGAAACAGAAAUGUCUGAAUCUAAAGAAACUGAAGUUACUGAAACAUUCGGUACAGAAGAAACAGAAAUUACUGAAUCCAAAGAAACUGAAGUUACUGAAACCUCUGGCACAGAAGAAACAGAAAUUACUGAAUCUAAAGAAACUGAAGUUACUGAAACCUCUGGUACAGAAGAAACAGAAAUGUCUGAAUCUAAAGAAACAGAAUUUACUGAAACAUUCGGUACAGAAGAAACUGAACUUACUGAAUCAAAAGAAACAGAAGUAUCUGCUUCUAAAGAAACUGAAGUUACAGAAACUUCUGGCACAGAAGAAACAGAAAUGUCUGAAUCUAAAGAAACUGAAGUUACUGAAACAUUCGGUACAGAAGAAACAGAAAUUACUGAAUCCAAAGAAACUGAAGUUACUGAAACCUCUGGUACAGAAGAAACAGAAAUGUCUGAAUCUAAAGAAACAGAAUUUACUGAAACCUCUGGUACAGAAGAAACAGAAAUUUCUGAAUCUAAAGAAACAGAAUUUACUGAAACAUUCGGUACAGAAGAAACUGAACUUACUGAAUCAAAAGAAACAGAAGUAUCUGCUUCUAAAGAAACUGAAGUUACUGAAACUUCUGGCACAGAAGAAACAGAAAUGUCUGAAUCUAAAGAAACAGAAUUUACUGAAACAUUCGGAACAGAAGAAACUGAAAUUACUGAAUCUAAAGAAACUGAAGUUACUGAAACCUCUGGCACAGAAGAAACAGAAAUGUCUGAAUCUAAAGAAACUGAAUUCACUGAAUCUUCUGGCACAAAAGAAAGCGAAUUUACAUAUUCUGAACAAACAGAAACUCCUGUUACAUAUCCAGAAUAUUCAGGUAGCACCGUAUCUAGAGAAACAGAAGUAUCUGCCUCAAAAGAAACUGAAGUUACUGAAACUUCUGGUACAGAAGAAACAGAAAUGUCUGAAUCUAAAGAAACAGAAUUUACUGAAACAUUCGGUACAGAAGAAACUGAACUUACUGAAUCAAAAGAAACAGAAGUAUCUGCUUCUAAAGAAACUGAAGUUACUGAAACAUUCGGUACAGAAGAAACAGAAAUUACUGAAUCCAAAGAAACUGAAGUUACUGAAACUUCUGGUACAGAAGAAACAGAAAUGUCUGAAUCUAAAGAAACAGAAUUUACUGAAACAUUCGGUACAGAAGAAACAGAAAUUACUGAAUCAAAAGAAACAGAAGUAUCUGCUUCUAAAGAAACUGAAGUUACAGAAACUUCUGGUACAGAAGAAACAGAAAUGUCUGAAUCUAAAGAAACUGAAUUCACUGAAUCUUCUGGUACAAAAGAAAGCGAAUUUACAUAUUCUGAACAAACAGAAACUCCUGUUACAUAUCCAGAAUAUUCAGGUAGCACUGAAUCUAGAGAAACAGAAGUAUCUGCUUCUAAAGAAACUGAAGUUACUGAAACUUCUGGCACAGAAGAAACAGAAAUGUCUGAAUCUAAAGAAACAGAAUUUACUGAAACAUUCGGUACAGAAGAAACUGAACUUUCUGAAUCCAAAGAAACUGAAGUUACUGAAACCUCUGGCACAGAAGAAACAGAAAUGUCUGAAUCUAAAGAAACUGAAUUCACUGAAUCUUCAGGUACAAAGGAAAGCGAAUUUACAUAUUCUGAACAAACAGAAACUCCUGUUACAUAUCCAGAAUAUUCAGGUACUUCAGAAUCUAAAGAAACAGAAGUAUCUGCUACUAAAGAAACUGGAGUUACUGAACCAUUUGUUACAGAAGAAACUGAAUACACUGAAACUAAAGUUUCAGGAGAAACUGAAUCAACUGUUACUGAAGAAUCUCUUCCUACAAAAUCAACUAUCACUGAAAAAAUUGAAACAACUUUGUCUCAAAAUGCAACAACAACUGAAUGCGAAUAUAGUGAUAGAACGGCAACUCCUGGUAUUUAUACAGAUUACUCUUCAGAUACUUUUGAAACAAAUAUUUCUAAUGAACCUAAAACAACGAUUUCCGAAACAACUUCAGAAAAUGUUUCUACCACUUCGGUUGAAAGUGAAACACCAUUUUCAGAGUUUUCAGAAGAAACUGAAGGUCCUGUUAGUUAUCCUGAAUUUACUACUAGUUCAGAAAACCAUGUUACUAAGGAAACCCAGACAACUGAACUAUCUCCAACCAAUGAAAAUGAAUUAACGGAAUCUGCUUCUACAUAUGAAUCUGUUGAAAUAGAUUUUAAGUCAACUGAAGAAACUGGAGGAACAGAAUCUUUAUGUACAGGUGAGACAAAAACAACUGUCACUCAAGAAACUGAAAUAACAGAGUCUACUAGCACUACUGAAACACAACCCACAUUUUCUGAAUUUACAGAUUUUGAAGAAACGGAAACUCCAGUAACAUAUCCUGAAUACACAGGAACUACACAGCUUAAAUCUACAGAAGGAACUAAAACAGUUGGUACUGAAGAAACUGAAACAACAAAAAUUUCAAAGACAACAGAGGUUGAAUGUGAUUAUAGUGUUAAUACAGAAACACCAGCAUUAUAUACAGAUUAUACAGAUAGUACAAACGUUAAUGUAACUGAAAAACCUGAAGUGACAAAUACAACGGAAACAGAAUGUGAAUAUAGUGAUAAAACAGCAACUCCUGGUAUAUAUACAGAUUACACGGAAAGUACAGAAGCUACAAAUAAAAAAGAGAUAUCAACAGAAUCUACUGAAAUAUCUGAAUCAACAAUUGAAAACAAUGAUAUUAUUACUACAACUAUGAAUGAAAAAACUACUUCAACUUUGGAGUUAUCAUCAACUACUGUAUCGGAUAUAAUUUCGUCACCUUCUAGUACUACACCAGAAGAUCAAUAUGAGUAUACUGAUUAUGAAUAUCCACAGUAUACUGUCGGUAUGAGGUUGCUUAACUCUGAUGAUAAUCAAUUAUUUGCAUAA